GUCCUCUUGCCGUGCGCUGCAGCCUCUGCCGUGGUGGAUCUCGACAGUGACAGCGUCGACCAGUCGCUCAAGCGCCAGCGCGCCUUUAUCAAGUUCUUCGCGCCGUGGUGCGGGCACUGCAAGCGGCUUGCGCCCAUCUGGGAAGGGCUGGCCGAGCGCGAGGAGCUGAGCGGGACGACCAUCGCGCGGGUCGACUGCACAAAGAACCAGGCGCUGUGCACCUCCUUUGGCGUGCGCGCAUUCCCGACGCUGAUAUUCGCCGACAAGGGCGGCAAGGAGCUGCGCAAGCACACCGGCGGCCGCGAC